AUUCUCCGGGCUAGCCCCUAGCCGCCUGACUCACAAAUGGCGAACACCAACCCUUUUAGUGAAGAAGAUUUAUCGACUCAGGAGGAAGAAGUACAAGAAAACUCAUCUCAUGAAUCUAGUCCAAUAAAUGAACGAAUAAGCUGGGAUCAUAUUGCACGGAAAUUGCUAGAGGAACAAUACCUUCUGACUGCUUUAGAGUUACAUACAGAAUUGAUUGAGGCGGGUAGAGAAAAUUCAAAGCUGAGAGAUUUUUUCUCAAAUCCAGCUAAUUUCGAGAGAACAAGACAAACGGACUUUCCUAAUACAACGUUACCCAGGACAUCAAGUUGUCAGACAUUUGAUUCUUUGGAUUUCGCCCGAUACUCGGAUGAUGGUGAGCGUCAAGAAAGUGAUAAAGUAGCCGUCUUAGAAUUUGAGUUAAGAAAAGCCCAGGAAACUAUUCGAUCGUUAAGAGCAGCCUUGACAAAAACUGCUGAAACAGAAACAGAAUUGUUAACAUCUCCUGACGCUUCAAACAAUAAAAUCACUGAAGCAGCAAUUGAAGAUGAGGAGUGCAUUAAACCUUACGAAAAACGUGCUAUCAAUUUUCUUGUUAAUGAAUAUUUAUUAAGUCACGAUUAUAAAAUAAGUUCUGUUACUUUUUGUGAAGAAAAUGAAAAUCAAGAUUUUGACGAUUGGGAUGAUGUUGGCCUAAAUGUUUCGAAGCCACCAAAUUUAUUACACUUAUAUCGUGAUUACGGGCAUCAUGCAAUAGAAGUUGUGGAAAAGAUUGAUAAUAGCACUACAGCGGAUCUUGAUAGCGAGGAAAUUUUGAAAAAAGACGAAAUAAUUACGCAUCUAAAUGAUAGAAUAACUAAUUAUGAAGAGAGAAUAGAAACAAUGCAAACAGAAAAUGAAUUUCUCAGUCACCGAUUAAAAUCAUCUGAAAAAGAUAAUCAAAUAACUAAAUUUUCUGCUACAUCAACACCUGCUGUUAGUCCAAUUAAACCGUCCAUUAAUCAGACCAAAACCGACUCAAUAGUAGCAAACGCUGGAAGCGAUAUACAAUUUGAAAAUUCUGCAAAAGAAACAAUUGAACAAACACCUGAUUCAAGUUAUAGUAAAAAUGACUCUUGGGAAGCUAUCAAUCAAACUAUACCAGAGUCAUUCUCUAAAAUAUUAUUUCAAUCAGCUUUCUACUCACCUCACGACAAUCGUAUUGUGAAUGAAGUUACAGCUGUAAGGGAUAAUGAUGAUGUUAUCCCUAUGCUAGGUCGAUGCUUGCCACACAUAGUCCCAAAUGUAUUACUCAAUAAGAGAGAAGAACUUAUUCCUGUUAUCUUAGCUGCUGCCAGUCUCCAUUCGGAUUCUAAAGAAAGAGAUAAAUUAUUAAAUAUUCUUUUUAAUCUUAUUAAAAAGCCUGAUAGUCAACAAAGGCAGAUCAUUCUAACUGGAUGUAUUGCCUUUGCCAAAAAUGUUGCCUAUUCAAGAUUAGAGAACGAGCUGCUACCACAGUGUUGGGAGCAAAUCGGUCAUAAAUACUUCGAACGCAGGAUGCUAGUUGCCGAAGCAUGUGGAGCGUUGGUUCCGUAUUUUUCGAACGAAUUACGAAGCUCUUUAGUUUUAUCGAUUUUGCAACAAAUGUUAGAUGACAAGAGUGACGAAGUAAGAGAAACGAGCGUUCGAAGUUUAUCAUUACUUUUCGCUUUCAUUCAAGAUGAAGGAAAAUUUGGACAGGCUGGCGAAAUGCUUCGAAGAGGUUUACUCGAUAAAAGUGAAAAUGUUGUUAAAGUUUCAAAAGAGCUGAUGCUGCCAACUUACGGCCUCUGGGCUAUUUCCCUCAAUAAACUAUCCGAAGUUAUUCAAACCUAUUUUGAUUAUUUACAAGAUGUUAUCCGAACUGCGCUGGCUACCCAAGUGGCGUCGAAUAGUCAAACUCUACCAAUCGAUACCGGAAAAUUUGGUAGAUGGAUAGAUGCUUUGGAAGAAUAUAUACCACUCCUGUUCUCAUUAGUUAUAACUUCCGCUCCCUUCUUAGAUAAAAUAUCUGACGAGCCAGAGAACGACAACGAAUAUCACCUUCUAGACGAUAGAUCCACAUCUAAUUGUCAAUUAUUGCAAUUAGACACAAUUAUUGGUAGCAAAUCUCGAACAGUUAAGCUAUUAGCAAAAUAUGAAGAGUAUAUAUCAGAAGAGUGGUACGAUAGUUGGAAAGAAUUUUCAUGGGUAGUUGAUGAUCUUUUACCGCAAUUAAUCAAUGUCGUAAAAACUGUGAGUGAUGAGGUGGAUUUUGUUGUCGAUUCUUUUUGCUCAUAUUGCCGUACUCUAUGCAAAAAUUUUGGCUUUACUUUUGUUAACACGAAGAUAUUACCUAAAUUUGAAAUGAUGUUUAGUAUUCCCAAUGAUCAAAUUGAAUCAAUAAUAUGCAAUAAUCAUAGUGUUUAUCACAAAUGUGCCCUACCUGUAUAUACUUAUUCAAUUCUAUGCACAUUCUUAUCAAAAUACGAGAAUAAGUUAUCAAAAUUCUUAAGCCGAACCUUAGAAAUGGUUGCGGAGAAUGGUGCCAAUCCUCAAUCACUACUUUCAACUUUCGCUCAGUUAUCACACGACUCAAACGUACAUGAUUUGCUUUUAAUUGUUCUCUGGGAAGCCGUUGUUCAUUCAUCACUUAAAGUUCGCUCAUUGUCUGCUAAAGUCUUCGAAGGUUUAUUGAAAAGAAUGUCUCCGGCAAAUAUAUCUAAUCGUAUCAUUCCAGCACUGGUCACUUUAUCCUCGGAUCCAGAGAUGUCUGUAAGGAGAGCUACAAUAUCACCUUUGACAUCCAUAAUAGAAACUGUAUCAUCUAGAGAGGUUUUAGAUAAGGUUCGUCUACAACUUCAAUCUUUUAUGGAUGAUAAUCUUUACGAAGGAGAGCAUCUAUUACAACUAGAGCUGAUCCAUUCACUGGCUCGUGUUGUACCAAACGCUGACGCAAAUUUUCGGGAUGAGUUUGUACUACCGAGAAUGGCAGUAAUGGCAGCGACAAAUAACCAUAAUGCAGAUGAGGCAAAACGAUUUGAAAUAGCAAUGCAAUUAUUUGAAGCCUAUAGCUCGCUAUCAUGUUGUGUCAUGAACGAACAAGUCGCGGGAGAAUUUUUGCUACCUGGAUUAGUUUGCGUUCAGCGUGAUAUCGCGCAAUUAGCUCCAGAUCGAGUAGAUAUUGUUCAGUCCUUGCUCCGCGACGUGCAAGAUCGGUUAUCCACGUCUGAUCCGCGUUUUGCAACAUCUACAUCCUUUGGUGAUAUGGGCGUUACAUCAAAAAUGUUUAACACUUUUAAAGACCUCAAAGAUCGUUCAGGAUCAAAAUUAUUUGGAAAAAAAUGAAACAUUCCCAUCUCUUUUCAAUUUAUAUGAAAAAUGAAAAAAUUUAUUUAUAGGCUUAUACUUUUUUAACACUUAGCCAUUUUUCAAACAUUCCCUUAUACAUAUAUAUAUAUUAUAUAAA